AUGUCAAGCAUCUUGAAACAAAGAGUCAGAUACGCCCCUUACUUGAAAAAGUUGAGAAAGCCUGAGGAAUGUAUUGAAUUAUUCAAACAUGGACAGUACCUCGGUUGGUCCGGCUUUACAGGUGUCGGUGCACCCAAAGUUAUUCCGCUGACUUUGGUUGACCACGUCGAGAAAAAUGACUUGCAAGGUAAGUUUGCAUUCAAUUUGUUUGUUGGUGCUUCGGCCGGUCCGGAAGAAUCGAGAUGGGCGGAACAUGAUAUGAUCUUGCGUAGAUCGCCACAUCAAGUCGGAAAGCCUAUCGCCAAGGCUAUCAACGAUGGAAGAACUUUGUUUUUCGACAAGCAUUUAUCCAUGUUCCCUCAGGAUUUGACUUACGGAUACUAUACCAAAAACAAAGAGAACGAUUUGCUUGAUUAUACUAUCAUUGAAGCAACGGCCAUCAAGGAAGAUGGUUCUAUAGUUCCUGGUCCUGCUGUUGGUGGGUCUCCAGAAAUGCUUUCAGUGUCUGACAAGGUUAUCAUUGAGGUCAACACGGCCACCCCAUCUUUCGAGGGAAUGCAUGACAUUGACAUGCCAGUCAACCCACCAUUUAGACAACCGUACCCACACACAACAGUGGACUACAAGGUUGGUCUUGACUCUAUUCCAAUUGAUCCUUCUAAGGUUGUGGCUAUUGUGGAAUCCACCACACGUGAUAAGGUUCCUCCUAACACGCCGUCUGAUGCAACAUCAAGACAAAUUGCCGCCCAUUUGAUUGAUUUCUUGGAACACGAGGUCAAGAUGGGUCGUUUGCCUGCAAAUUUGCAUCCAUUACAAUCGGGAAUUGGUAACAUUGCUAACGCAGUUGUUGAAGGUUUGUCUGAGUCGAACUUCAAGAAUUUGACUGUCUGGACCGAGGUCUUGCAAGAUUCUUUCCUCGAUUUCCUCGAAUCUGGUUCUCUUGAUUACGCAACUGCUACCUCCAUUAGAUUGACGGAGGCAGGUUUCGAAAGAUUCGAUCACAACUGGGAUGAAUUUUCCAAGAAGAUUUGCUUGAGAUCUCAAGUGGUGUCUAACUCUCCAGAAAUCAUCAGAAGAUUAGGUGUUAUCGCUAUGAACACUCCUGUCGAGGUUGACAUUUACGCUCACGCUAAUUCUACCAACGUCAUGGGAUCUAGAAUGUUGAACGGUUUGGGUGGAUCUGCAGACUUCUUGAGAAAUGCUAAGUUGUCCAUUAUGCACACACCAUCUUCCAGACCAUCCAAAACUGACCCUACUGGCCUUUCUUGUAUUGUUCCAUUCUCUCCUCAUGUUGACCAGACUGAACAUGAUUUGGACGUUAUCGUCACUGAACAAGGUUUGGCUGAUUUGAGAGGAUUGGCACCUAAGGAAAGAGCUAUUGAGAUUAUCAACAAGUGUGCUCACCCAGACUACAAGGACCAGUUGAAGGAGUACUUUGACAGAGCAUGUUUCUAUGCUCAAAAGGCUAAGUGCUUGCACGAACCACAUAUCUUGAGAGACGCCUUCAAGAUGCACUUAAACUUCCAAGAUAACGGAACAAUGAAGUUGGACUCUUGGGACAAGAAGUUCUAG